UCCUGUUGUUAGAGGCGGGGGGUGGGGGCCUGGCCACUUGGUGUGCUGCUGUGUGGGGCGGCCUGGGGCAGCCCCGGAGCGGCUGACCCCCUGCCUACGGGGAUAGAAGCCGCAAGGUGGCCGCCAUGGCGGUGUCGGAGAGCCAGCUCAAGAAGAUGGUGUCCAAGUACAAAUACAGAGACCUGACUGUACGUGAAACUAUCAAUGUUAUUGCGUUAUACAAAGAUCUCAAGCCUGUAUUGGAUUCAUAUGUUUUUAAUGAUGGCAGUUCCAGGGAACUGAUGAACCUCACUGGGACAAUUCCUGUGCCUUACAGAGGUAAUAUAUAUAAUAUUCCCAUAUGCCUGUGGCUGCUGGACACAUACCCGUAUAACCCCCCCAUCUGUUUUGUGAAGCCUACUAGUUCGAUGACUAUUAAAACAGGAAAGCAUGUUGACGCAAAUGGGAAGAUCUAUCUUCCUUAUCUGCAUGAAUGGAAGCAUCCACAGUCAGACUUGUUGGGGCUUAUUCAGGUCAUGAUUGUAGUGUUUGGAGACGAACCUCCAGUCUUCUCCCGACCUACGAUGUCAGCAUCUUAUCCACCAUACCAGCCGACAGGACCACCAAAUACUUCCUACAUGCCAGGCAUGCCCAGUGGAAUCUCUGCAUAUCCAUCCGGAUACCCUUCCAAUCCCAGUGGUUACCCGGGCUGCCCUUACCCACCUGGUGGUCCGUACCCUGCCACAACAAGUUCCCAGUACCCUUCCCAGCCUCCUGCGACCACCGUUGGUCCCAGUAGGGAUGGCACAAUCAGUGAGGACACCAUCCGGGCUUCUCUCAUCUCAGCGGUCAGUGACAAACUGAGGUGGCGGAUGAAGGAGGAGAUGGACCGUGCGCAGGCAGAGCUCAAUGCCUUGAAACGAACAGAAGAGGACCUGAAAAAGGGUCACCAGAAACUGGAAGAGAUGGUUACGCGUUUAGAUCAAGAAGUAGCUGAGGUCGAUAAAAACAUAGAACUUUUGAGAAAGAAGGACGAAGAACUCAGCUCUGCUCUGGAGAAAAUGGAAAAUCAGUCUGAAAACAACGAUAUUGAUGAAGUUAUCAUUCCCACAGCCCCACUAUAUAAACAGAUCCUAAAUCUGUACGCAGAGGAAAAUGCUAUUGAAGACACUAUCUUUUACCUGGGAGAAGCCUUGAGGCGGGGAGUCAUAGACCUGGAUGUCUUCCUAAAGCAUGUACGUCUUCUGUCCCGUAAACAGUUCCAGCUGAGGGCACUAAUGCAAAAAGCGAGAAAGACUGCCGGUCUCAGUGACCUCUACUGACCUCUCCGACACCAGCUGGACAUUGCGCUCUUCUUAAGCAUUCUUUUCUUCUAUUUCUUUCUCUAAUCAGUAGGUGCCCAGAAUAAGUUAUUGCAGUUUAUCAUUCAAGUGUAAAAUAUUUUGAAUCGAUAAUAUAUUUUCUGUUUUCUUUUGGUAAAGACUGGCUUUUAUUAAUGCACUUUCUAUCCUCUGUAAACUUUUUGUGCUGAAUGUUGGGACUGACUAUGCUAAAUAAAAUUUGUUGCAUAA